AUGCGCCAGGUGAACGGUGCGGACCGAGCGCGGCUGCGCGCCGGCGCGCCUCCGGAAGCGCCGCCGCGCGCUCGCGCCACGUCGGCCCGCACGCCCGCGGCCCCGCACGCCCCCAGCGCGCCCGGAGCGCGCGACCACCGAGCAUCACCAUGCGCGCCCGGCUGCGCGCUGCUGCCGCUGCUGCUGCUGCUGCUCCGGGCCGGGCAGCCGCGGGGCGCCGAGCUCACCUUCGAGCUGCCCGACAGCGCCCGGCAGUGCUUCCACGAGGACGUGGAGCAGGGCGCCACCUUCUCCCUGGACUACCAGGUCAUCACCGGAGGCCACUAUGACGUGGACUGCUACGUGGAGGACCCCCAGGGGAACGUCAUCUACCGGGAGACCAAGAAGCAGUACGACAGCUUCACGCACCGGGCGGAGGUCAAGGGCGUCUACCUGUUCUGCUUCAGCAACGAGUUCUCCACCUUCUCGCACAAGACGGUGUACUUCGACCUGCAGGUGGGCGAGGAGCCCCCCAUCCUGCCGGACAUGGGGAACAGGGUCACCGCCCUCACCCAGGUGAGUGGACGGGCACAGCCCCUCGCUGUGGCCCUGCUCCCGGUCACGUGGGUCCUGGCGUGGGCUUGGCCUCUGUCUCCACGUCCACCCCGGAGGACGCCAUGUUCUCCUUCCGGUCCUCCUUUCCGACCGAUCCCGGCUCCCUGCAGGGCUCUCCUCUGACACCUGCUCCCUCCGCUCCCUCCAGCCCGCUCAGGCUGUCCCAUGGUCCCUC